AUGUGUAAGGCAGAUAUAACUGACGCCUUCAAGCAGAUUCCAUUAAGCCUUGAAUACUGGCCAUAUUUCGGGUUCAAGUGGGAAGGACUGUACUAUUUCUACACCCGGCUAGCCUUCGGUUGCCGAUCUAGCCCCAAAAUAUUUGACCCUCUUUCCCAGGCCAUUUGCUGGAUUCUGAAACACAAUCAUGAUUUCCUUCAUGUGCUACACCUGCUGGACGACUUCCUAGUCAUUGACCCUCCAGGCCACGACGCUGAAUCGACCAUGAGCACUAUACUGUCUCUCUUCAAGAGACUCAACAUUCCACUAGCUCUCCAUAAGACACAGGGACCCCUUACAGAGAUCGAGUAUUUAGGCAUCAUUCUUGACUCAAAUCUUAUGACUGCUAGGUUACCUCAAGAUAAACUGCAACGCAUAGCAGAGCUCCUUGGCAGAUACUCCACAAAGAGAAGUUGCACCAAGAGAGAACUUCUCUCCCUGCUCGAACACUUGAACUAUGCUUGCAGAGUGAUCGUGCCAGGCAGGACGUUUGUCUCCUACUUGAUCGAACUUUCCAUGUUAGCUUGUCAGGCGAUUGUAGAAAAGAUUUAG